AUGAAACCACCACAGUUUCAUGGGGGAUUGGAUCCACUGAAGGCUGAAGCGUGGGUCCUUGGCAUAGAACAGUUAUUUGAAGUGUUUCCUUUUUUAGAAACACAGAAAGUAUUGUUAGCCACUUUUAUACUUGAAGAUGAGGCGAGAAGGAAAGUGUCGGAGUUCAUGGAACUUAAGCAAAACAACAUGUCAGUAGCUGAGUACGAGGCUAAGUUUACUGAAUUGGCCAGAUUUGCACCACAUAUGUUCGACACCGACUAUAAGAAAGCGAGACACUUUGAAGAAGGUCUUCGAGAUGAUAUCUUAGAGAAGGCGAAUGUAUUAAAGCUGGAAACCUAUAUUAAUGUAUUAGACCAGGCCAUAAUAUUAGAAGCUAACAUAUCCAGGCAGAGCAAAUCAUUAGCUGAUUAG